AUGGCAGACCAACAACAAGGGAAUGUUCAGGCAUCGGCCUUUCCAAGCCCACCUCCGUUUUACCAGCACUUCACCGAAGAAAACCUCGCCCGUGUAGCCAUAUUACGCGCUGGGAGGGAGUCCGACUCAAGCCAAAAAGAUGAUUCACCCAAAGAACCUGAGUUGCGAGGCGAUCUCCAAUACCUUCAACCGCCAGAGCCUCCUGCCGAAGGAACGUACAGGAGCUUUGGCGACCUUUACAAUUUGAACGACAUCCUACCGUCCCUUACCGAGCAAGGAAUAGAACAACUCUACUCCCCUCCUGCCACCCCAUCAGGCUCUGGCGCAGGAUCAGACCCACAAUCACAUUCAGAUCGCACGUUGAUCUUAAAACGAAUUGCGAAGUCUUUACUAUUGAACUUUCUUGAACUCAUGGGCAUCAUGAGCGUCAACCCUGAACAAUAUGCAGAGAAGAUUCAAGAUUUACGGACACUAUUCAUAAACUUCCACCACUUAUUGAACGAAUAUAGGCCUCAUCAGGCGAGAGAGAGUCUGAUAUUAAUGAUGGAGGCUCAAUUAGCAAGGUCAAAGGCAGAAACGAACGGCAUUGAAAAUAUGAAAACAAAGGUGGAAGGGAUCCUGGCGGGCUUGGGUCAAGUGAACAUUGCCCCAGAAGAAGCUGAGGAGUAUAAAGACAUCAAGAAGGAUCUUGAAGAGUAUGAUGGUGCGAAGGAUGUAUGGGAUGAGCUACACCGCGAGUAUGGCUUAGUUGAGCCUGGAAAAUCCUAA